UCAGGCUGUAGUGACGCAGCAACACUGCGAUUCAGUGCCUUAGACCGCUGCGCCAUUUGGGAGGCCAGYGCUGCCAAUUUUUAUCGGUACCAUGUGUGUCCGAGCUUUUUUUAUUUUUAUGUCCGAGCUUUUCUUAUUUGCCUUCUCAGUAGAAAAUUGCAUUGUUUCACUCCUCCACCGAAUCCCAAUUGAUAUGUCUGUGUUCGGUGCACUUGAACAGCUGUGGUCAACACCCAUCUCCACCCUCUGAGCAUGUCCCCGAGGCAGCAUCGGCUCAGGCAGCUCAGACCACUGUGUUCUAUUCACAAUUUCCAGCUCAUUCUUUGCAAUCACUACUUUUCACAUUCUUCUACAGCAGAAUAAGAGACUCACCAACACAUCAAGGACCUUUAUUUGUUCUAUAUUACUCCACCAUCAUGUCUAGUGGGGGGCUGAAGGACAGAAAUGCUGAAACGCUGGAGGAUGUUAACGCAGUCACAAAAGAGCUCAAGUAUCUUUACUAUAAGAGGCUGCUUCCCAUAGAGAAGCAAUAUGGCUUCCAACACUUUCACUCUCCCAGCUUUGAGGAUGCCGAUUUUGACAACAAACCGAUGGUGCUGGUGAUGGGUCAAUACUCGACAGGGAAGACUACUUUUAUCAGAUAUCUCCUUGAGCAAGACUUUCCAGGUAGCCGUGUUGGUCCAGAGCCCACCACAGACAGCUUCACUGCCAUCAUGCAUGGGGAGGUAGAACAACUAAUCCCAGGCAAUGCUCUGUCAGUAGACCACAAAAAGCCCUUUCGCCACCUCAAUUCUUUUGGAAAUACCUUCCUGAACAGAUUCCAGUGUGCCCUGCUGCCAAAUCAGGUCCUGGAGAGUAUCAGCAUUAUUGACACACCAGGCAUCUUAUCUUCGGCUAAGAAGAGAAUGAGUCGAGGAUAUGAUUUCCCAGCAGUGCUGCGCUGGUUUGCAGAACGUGUGGACCACAUCAUCCUUCUGUUUGAUGCACAUAAACUGGAGUUCUCUGAUGAGCUCACACGUGCCUUUGGGGCUCUGUGUGGCUAUGAAGACAAGCUGCGUGUGGUACUGAAUAAAGCAGACAGGGUCGACUCUCAACAGUUGAUGCGAGUGUAUGGUGCUCUCAUGUGGUCACUGGGGAAGGUGUUUCAAACCCCUGAAAUACUCCGGGUUUACAUCGUCUCCCUCUGGUCACAGCCACGUCUGUUGUCUGACCACUGUCAACUGCUGGAGCUUGAGGAACUGGAUCUUUUGGAGGAUAUCCGGAACCUGCCUCGAAAUGCUGCAGUACGGAAACUUAAUGACCUAGUUAAGAGGGCACGCCUAGUUAGGGCCCAUGCACAUAUCAUUAGCCAUCUCAAGCAGGAGAUGCCCACAGUUUUCUGCAAGGAGAGCAAGAAGCAGAACCUGAUCUAUGAGCUUCCUCUCAUCUUCUCCAAGAUUCAACAGCAACAGCGAGUACCAGCUGGUGACUUCCCUGACUGUGCCAAGAUGCAGGAACGACUAAUGGGUCAAGAUUUCACAAAGUUCAAGACACUCAAGCCCAGCCUAAUGGCUUCCUUGGACAAGUUACUGUCCAAUGACAUUGCAAAGCUGAUGCCUUUACUACAUCAACAGGAUCUGAAGAAGGCUUCCCUGCCAGGGAUUCCGGAUGGAACCUUCUUGGAAACUGGCAGGUCUCUCUUUGAGCAAGUUACAAAGAGUGGAGAAAGCAGGGAAAUACAGAAGGAUGAGUGGGUGGUGACAAAAGAUAAACAAAAAUAUGAUGAGAUAUUCUACAAUCUCUGUCCAAAUGAGGGCAAACUGAGCGGUACUAAGGCCAAGGAGUGGAUGGUCAGCACCCACCUGCCAAACUCAGUACUUGGCCAUAUCUGGAGGCUUUCUGAUGUGGACUGUGAUGGCAUGCUGGAUGAUGAGGAGUUUGCCCUAGCCAUCCACCUCAUUGAGGCCAAGCUGGAGGGCCAUGGGCUCCCAGGAGAGCUGCCUGCCCACCUGGUGCCACCUUCGAAACGUUUGCAUAAAGGAUUAGCUGUUUAGCUUAGUCUGGCAGGUUGAACAGGAGCCUAUGAUAGGCUGGGCYAAGCAAAACUAGAGAACAUCAAAUAAUGCAGUCAAAAACAACAACCCUUUUGAAUGAAGAGAAAUAAUUAAACAAAACAUUUGUUCCUAGAAAAGAUGACUGGACAGGAUAGAUUUCCAACAACUUGGUCAUGUCAGGCCACCCACUGAUUUUCCCUGGGAAACCACAAUCCUGGCAGGAUUUUCCUUCCAAAUGAUGUACUGUCUACAAACACUACGCAUUUAUAUUGUGGAUCCUGACACUGGUUCACUCCAAUAGAUCGCUGGAUUGUGAAUUGGACUCGUUCUGUCAUUUCCUGAUUUCUUGUUUUGAUUAUAUGUAUAUUUCUAUUGUAUUUUAAGAAAUACAAAUCACUACAAGUGAAUUGCCAGUGACAACAAUUUCACCGAAAUGCAAGUUACUCAAAAUAAUCAGAAAAACGUCAGGGGUUACAAUUGUAUAAAACUAUGAUAGAGUUGUAAGAAUACAUUGUUAUGUCAUUGACUAAUUCUAGAGAUUUUAUUACAUUUGGGGACAGAUUUCAAAUAUUUGUUUUUGUAUAUGUAAAAUUGACGAGAGAGAAUUAAGAAAUGAACAACUAAUUCCGUAGCUUGUUUUCAUUUGAAUAAUAUAUUACAUCUUUCAUUGUAAAUACAUGGGUCUUAUUAAUGAGAUAACACAUGUAAUUACUUAACUCGCUCCAAAGUAACUUCAGUCGCACUCAUAAAACGUGUAUAGUAGUUUCCCCUUUUUUUAAAUCACAAAACAUGCUAUUAAAAGUUAUUACAAUGGUAUAGUUUGUGCAAUAUUUUAAAGUGAAUUUGUUUUACUUCAUUUGAAAUACAACAUUUGUGGGGGAGCAACCAAGCUUUCUUCCAUAAAAUUUCAGUAAUAUGUCUACAUUCCAGAAAAAUCUCCUCUUGAGAGAGAUCUUGUUCUUGGAAUGUAAACGUUCCCUUAAUACAUUUCUUAUCCAGCUGGGGGCAACCAUACAACAUAAAUUGUGCCUCUAUCUUGACAUGUUCUACAAAACACGAAUUAGAUUUAAUUGAGUAAAUCCUGAAGGUAUUGCUUUGCAUGUAGAAUUAAAUUAUUUAAUGUAAUGAGAAGUUAUGUUUCUAAGAACAUUCUAUAAGAGAGUAUAUUCCCGUUAUCAAAUAAAUCAAGCAAAAAUAUAAUGGUUAUUUCAAAUCACUUAGGGAAGAAUAAAGACUUGUUUUUAACAA